GCCACAUACAGCCAUUUAUAUGUUUCAGCGGUUCCAAACAAGCGUUUAAAGGUUCUGGUGGCAAUCUACCAGUGAUCUUGGCUCUGAAAGUUUUGUGUCCUGUUUUCGGGUGGAACAGCUGGCCCCCAAAUGUCCUUCAAGCGUGCCUUCAAGAAAUGAGUGCAGCAGCGUUGACGACGCAACGCACGCAACAAACUCCUCUGGCUCUCCUUGGUCGAAUUUCGAUCAAAUGCGCUUUCGAGGUUGUUUAUGCCUCGCGCUCUGUCUACCUCCUGACCUGCGUUCAGUAACAACAAAAAAGACAACCGGAACGACAAGAUGAACAAUUUCUGGAGAGGCCGGGGACGCUGGGCGUCUCGCCGGCGCGGACGUUACAUCGUUCCAGCUCCCUCAAGUCCGGACUCAACGCGUUUGUCCCCCGACGCCACGUCUGGGGUCCCAGAUCCCUCGCACCCGAGCUGGGGUCUCUACUUCACCGAUGGGAACUGUCCGCCGGCCGGCGCAGAGCGGCGCGUGACGCUCCUAGAAAACUACUUUGCUGCGAAGCUGUCCCGAUUCCUGGAUUCCAACGGAGCUCCGGACCGGUCGAAAACGUCGUACGAAGUGGACGUCGUGGAGCUGGCAGACGACGAGAGUGUCCGAGAGGCCUGGCCCGACUUGAAGGAAUCCCUGAGGAUGGGUCCCCACGAUACAUUGAGGAUCAUGGGUGUGGCACUGCACCAAGUGCUGACGAAGCUGUACCGGCAACGCAACCAAGACCCUGAGGACCAGCCCCUCCCCAAACUUCAGAUCCGCGUCGCCGGGUUCGGGCCCCCGACACCGCUCCGAGAGAUCCGCGGCAUGACCCGUGGACAGAUGGUGGCAGUGCGCGGCACCGUGGUUCGUGCAACGGAGACCAAGCCGCAGUACGAGGCGCUCGCCUUCUGCUGUCUGACUUGUGGGCGGUGCCAAAGAGUCGAGCAGCCCGGGGGAUACUUCCUCCCUCCAACCAGCUGUCCCUCCAGGGGCUGUCGCUCGAGGUCCUUCCGCCAGGACGCCGCAUCUCCGCUCACCCGGGUCGUCGACUGGCAGUCCCUGAGGUUGCAGGAGCUCGAGGAGUUUCAAGGCGGGGGCCGCGUGCCCCGAAUCCUGGACUGCGAGUUGACUGACGACCUGGUCGGCUCGGCCGUUCCUGGCGACGUGGUCACGGUCGUGGGAACCGUGGAGCUGGCUCGCUCCGAGCCCGGUUCUGGUUUUGGUUCUGCGGUGGGCGGUCCGGUGGACUGCUACCUCUUGGCCAAUCACGUGACGGGCGAGCAGAAGAACGCGGCCUCGGUGUCGCCACUGGGGCCCGACCUCGGGAGGGGCGACUACUAUGCCAUCGAGGCCAUCCACGACGAGCCGCAGCUGUUUCGUCUGCUGGUCAACUCGCUUUGUCCCGCCAUCUAUGGCCACGAGGUGGUGAAGGCGGGCCUGCUGCUGGCGCUCUUCGGCGGCGUCCGUCGCUACUCGGACGACCCGGACCACGUGCCGGUUCGUGGAGAUCCGCAUGUCCUGGUGGUCGGAGAUCCGGGACUGGGCAAGAGCCAGCUGUUGCAGGCGUGCGCCAGGGUCGCUCCGAGAGGAGUCUACGUUUGCGGAAACACGGCCACCGUCGCGGGCCUCACGGUGUCUGUUGCUCGGGGCUCUGCGGGCGAGGCGUCCUUGGAGGCCGGAGCGCUCGUCCUGGCGGACCGAGGCUGCUGCUGCAUAGACGAACUGGACAAGAUGUCCGCCGCCCAGGGGGCACUGCUGGAGGCCAUGGAGCAGCAGUGCGUGAGCAUCGCCAAGGCGGAGCUCUCUGUCUCGCUGCCCGCGAGGGCGGGCGUCCUGGCCGCGGCCAAUCCUGCGGGGGGACACUACCAGCGGGGCAAGACGGUCGCCGAGAAUCUGCGCAUGGGGAGCGCCCUCCUGUCCCGCUUUGACCUCGUCUUCAUCCUGCUCGACCGGCCCGACGCGGAUUUGGACCGGCGUCUCUCCGAGCACGUCAUGUCGCUGCACUCCAGCGGCAGGAAAGGAACUGCGUCGUCCGCCGCUCGAAACUCGCUCGGAGAGACCGGAAAGGAGUCGUCUGCGGCAGAUGCACCACUUGCGGAGCGACUUCGCGGACCCGUGCAAGAUCCCGUUCCGGGACCUCUGCUGCGCAAGUACAUCGCCUACGCUCGACAGUACGUUCAGCCGUCGCUGGGCGCCGAGUGUGCAUCCCUGCUGCAGGCCUUCUACUUGGAGCUGCGUAGGACGCGGCGCGAGGACUGCGUGCCCAUCACGACGCGGCAGCUCGAGUCCCUGGUGCGGCUCACCCAGGCCAGGGCCCGGCUGGAGCUCAGGGAGGCCUGCACCGCUCAGGACGCCCGGGACGUCGUCCAGCUGAUGAAGCACAGCAUUGCGGACACUCACAUGGACGAGCUGGGCAACCUGGACUUUGGGCGCUCCCAGCACGGCUCUGGCAUGAGCCGACCCGCCCAGGCCAAGGCCCUGGUGCGGGCCUUGACGGCGGAGUCGCGUAAGAACGGAGUCCGUAUCUACACGUUGGCCCAGCUGAGCUCCAUCGCGCGGGACAAGUGCGGCGUCGACGCAUCCGGGGUGCACAGAUUGAUCGACAGCCUCAACGACCAGGGGUUCCUGCUCAAGAAGGGCGCCAAGACGUACCAGCUCCAGACAACAGACUUCUGAUGCCCCGUGGCCUCUGCCCACAGGAACUCGCAGCCCAUUUUCAUAAGGGUUGUCAGUUGGUGACCACAUCUCAAGGAUAAGAGGUCUCAAACGCGGCUGAUAUUUAUUGACAAAAAUCAUCUUUAUUUAGGCUUUAGACACCAUCAAAGGAAGGGGACAAAGAACAGCCUUUGCACAAAUGCACGUCUGCAAAACAGAGUAACGUGAAUUUGAAAACCUAAAAAUGGAGCCUUUUUUAGCUUCUUUCUAGUCGAGUUCUUUUGUCAUUCGCAUUCAAGUUACUAUGUUUUGCACAUGUGCGCUUGUGGAAAGUUUAUACUUUCUUUGGUGUGUCCCCUUUUGUUUAAAACUCCCUAGACGGGGGUCUGUCAUGUUCACCUUUUGCAACCUACCAUUCUAUUCAAGGGCUGUAAGUUGGCAGUUAUAGUAGUAACUAACAGCUGUAUGCUAGGGGUUGGAAUGCUUGGCAGUUCUAAUGGUAACUUGCAUCUUGAGAAGUUGCAAUGGUUAGUUUCUGGGACAGUAACUUUUUUAGGAGUCUCUCGAGGGACACACUUGUAAGUUAGAGAAUGGAGUUAUAAUGCUUGUAAAUGUUCUCAAAAUAAUUGGGCAUAAUAAACUUGUUUUUACUGCAAAA